CGGUUUUGAUUUUUUUCCGGCACGAAAUCGACAAUGGUGCCCUGUUUUGAGACAUGUUAGAUCAAGCUUACUUUUGUAGAAGAGGGACGAUGGCGAAGAUAAGCAGGCCAUCAACAGGAAGACAUCGUUUGGCUUUCGUGUUGCUUCUGUUUCUUGUGGCUGUCGGAAUCUGUGUUCCUGUCUUUGCUCUCCUUCCGUCACUGUCCUCUCAUCAGUAUCUGCCUCCUGCGCUAAGUCGAGACGAGAAGAUGAUGUCUCGGAGAUUUUAUAUAAAAGACGACAAGUUCUGGAAAGAUGAGAAUACUUUCCAGAUCAUUGGUGGUGAUUUGCACUACUUCCGAGUUCUUCCUGAGUACUGGGAAGAUAGGCUUAUGAGAGCCAAGGCUUUAGGUCUGAAUACUAUACAAACGUAUGUUCCUUGGAAUCUGCACGAACCAAAGCCUGGGAAGUUUGUCUUUGAGGGCAUUGCUGAUCUUGUGUCUUUUAUCAAGCUUUGUCAGAAACUAGAUUUACUGGUUAUGCUGCGUGCUGGACCUUAUAUCUGUGGAGAAUGGGAUUUGGGCGGUUUUCCUGCUUGGUUACUUGCUGUGAAACCACCUCUGAGACUAAGGACAGCAGAUCCUGCAUACCUUAAGUUGGUGGAAAGAUGGUGGAAUAUUUUAUUGCGGAAGGUAUUUCCUCUGCUUUACAGCAACGGUGGUCCUGUUAUAAUGGUCCAGAUUGAAAAUGAAUAUGGGUCAUAUGGAAAUGACAAAGCUUAUCUUCGUAAUCUAGUUACUAUGGCUAGGGGACACCUGGGGAAUGACAUUAUUCUGUAUACAACCGAUGGAGGUACAAGAGAAACACUUGAGAAAGGAAAUGUCCCCUUAUAUAAUGUCUACUCAGCUGUUGACUUCAGUACGGGUGAUGACCCUUGGCCUAUAUUUGAAUUGCAAAAAAAGUUUAAUGCUCCAGGAAGAUCACCUCCACUUUCUUCGGAGUUCUACACUGGUUGGCUUACGCAUUGGGGUGAGAAGAUUGCGAAAACAGAUGCUGAAUUUACGGCAGCUUCCCUUGAAAAGAUAUUGUCCCGAAAUGGUUCUGCUGUGCUAUAUAUGGUGCAUGGAGGAACAAACUUUGGUUUCUACAAUGGAGCAAAUACUGGCUCUGAUCAAUUCGACUACAAACCAGAUCUGACUUCCUAUGAUUAUGAUGCUCCAAUUAAGGAAUCUGGUGACAUAGAUAAUCCAAAAUUCAAAGCUCUCCAGAGAGUGAUUAAGAAGUACAGUGCUCCACCUCACUCCAAUGUCCCCUCCAGUAACAAACGGAAAGCGUACGGCUCAAUCAAGAUGCAGAGGACAAUAUCUCUGUUUGAUUUGAUGAGUAUGACAGAUCCUGUAGAUGUGAUCACUUCCACCAACCCAAUUUCAAUGGAAUCUGCUGGACAGAUGUUUGGAUUUCUUGUAUAUGAAUCUUCAUACAUUUCCAAAAAGAGUGGGAAUAUACUAAGAAUACCCAAGGUUCAUGACAGAGGUCAAGUGUUUGUGUCCUGCCUUUCCCAAGAUGUUGAUGGGGGAGUACUGCGAUACAUUGGUACAACUGAGAGAUGGAACAACCAACCUGUUUCUAUUCCAACUACUGAGUGUGCCUCUAACACUAGCUUAUUUAUUCUGGUUGAAAACAUGGGACGUGUAAAUUACGGGCCAUAUAUCUUUGAUGAGAAGGGUAUUCUGUCAACGGUUUAUUUAGAUGGUCAGAUUCUCCACGGAUGGAAGAUGAUACCAAUUCCUUUUCACAACUUAAACCAAAUGCCGAAUUUCAGUUUCGAGAUACAACGUACCAAAAAGAGAAGUAAGAAGUUUGAGCUUAUUAAAGAUGUGGGUCAAAAGGAACCAGCUCUGUUCGCUGGUGAGUUCUCUAUCAGCAGUGUUAAAGAAAGCAAAGACACUUAUCUAUCAUUCAACGGUUGGGGUAAAGGAGUUGCUUUUAUCAAUAAAUUCAACAUAGGAAGAUAUUGGCCGUCUGUUGGACCACAAUGCAACCUCUACGUUCCUGCGCCACUCCUUAAGCCUGGCAGAAAUUCUGUGGUGAUCUUUGAGUUGGAAUCUCCACAUGUCGACCUUUUGCUUCGGUCAGUGGAUCAGGAAGACUUCACAUGCGGUUCAAAUGAUUCCAAAGUCAAUCAGUUGUAGCCGUUUAGUUGUGCAGUAGCCAGUAUUUGACCAAUCAUGUUUUUUUGGGUUCUUAAAAAAGUUAGUCAAUAACAAAAUAUUCAUAGCACAACAAAAUCUUAAAUAACAGUUUAUAAUCUAUAGCAUACAUUAAGUGAAGAAA